AUGACCUAUAACAAUACAAUAAAUAAUCAGUCAUUUACCCCGAAAAUGCGUCGUGCUCUCAUUCAGACAUGGUACGGCCCUGAAGCAUGGCCCAGUGUUAUUAAGCGAACAUUCGAUCUAUAUCCACCAAAUCCCAGUCCAUAUGAACUUCAUACGAUUACAGUUUUCGUAUCGAAUUCUCUUCCCAAUCAAACACAACACACUCACACAGAUUGUAUGCACGUUGCCUCGGAACCCGGGGAUUAUGCAUUCAAAAAGCUACCGCCCCGCCCGUCGACUGCAGCAACGGCAGCAUUAUUUGGCAACACCGAUGAUACGGCAGCCAUACUCCAAUUGGAGGAAUCCCUGCAGGUUUGCGGUCUUUAUGUGAUUGGAGAACCUGAUACAAUCGUCGAGAUAACGAUGAAGUAUUACGAUGUCAAUUGUGAAACGGGAGCACUGAUGGCGUUUGUCGAUGGCUGGGAAUUAAAUGGCGAAUAUUUUCCCUCGCUAAGAGAUCAUCAUCGUUCGUUGGAGGAUAGAGUUCAGGAAUUUUGUAAUAACUACAAACAAUGGCCACGUUUGUCGGGUAAAAAAUUCUUCCGUUCCAGUCAAAAUGCUGCACUUCUUCAAUAUCGUAUACCGGUAAAGGGUAGCUUCAUUGCCAAUGUUCGCUUUCAUAAAAUUACGCAACCAUGCAACAUUUUGGUCCAGGACAUUGAUGCCUUAUAUACAAUUGCAAAUUAUGGCCACAAUCGUAAUUGUACCAUAUCAGCCCUAUUUCCCGCUGUGGUGUCUGUGGCCAAUCUUAAAAUUGGUGGCAAAGCUGUCAGACAGGAUAAACCGAAUUAUGAUUGUGGCAUGUUUGCUGACCGUUUAGAAGUUGGUGGCUCAUCUGGUUUAGAUUCAACGACCAUGGAAAAAUCAAGUGAAAUUUGUGGUUUGGCCACGGAGCCAGGACCAGAACAAGCCAUAUUUUGCGGGGUAACCACAUUACGUUUGGUGUCCACUGGACGUUUUCAAAAUCAAGCAGCUGUAAUGAUACGCAAAGCUGACGAGCAUGAUCUAGACAAAGCCACAUUAAUUUGUGCCCUAUAAAUGAUUG